CUCCAUUCCCAUCCCAAUGAAUCUUAUCGUUCCUCUUCUCCGAUCCCUCGUCGCCUCUCCUGCUCCGCAUCGUCUUGCGAUUGGAUGGUAUCAUGGUAAGAAGCGGGUGUGCCGCAAAGGAGCUGCAUCUGCCCUCUUUCGUCCUCCUCGACCCCCCGGCAUCAUCGUCUCCUCGCUGCUGUUCUUUGAGUGGGGGGAUUGCUUCCGGCGGAGAGAUUAGGUCUGGUUCGGCGAUUCCGGCCAGAGAGAUGGUGGUUUCUUUGGUAUCUCGCCGUGGGAGGAGGCUGCAGCGGUAUAAGGCUGGUCGCCGUCUCGUCGUCGGAUGCAUUCCUUACAGAUUCAAGAUGGAGAAUCCUUCUCCGGGAGCCAUUCAUCCAGCCAUCGAGGUUCUCGUCGUAAGCUCUCAGAAAGGCACUGAAUUAAUGUUCCCAAAGGGUGGUUGGGAGCUUGAUGAAACUAAGGCAGCAGCUGCUUCCAGGGAAGCAUUUGAGGAAGCUGGUGUGACAGGAAACUUCAAGGGUCAUCUCGGCAGAUGGCUGAGCGAGGACCAAGAUAAGAUCCACUACAUGUUUGCCAUGGAAGUCGCAGAGGUGCUACAGCAAUGGCCGGAAAUGAAUAGCCGAGAGCGCAAAUGGGUGAGUAUAGCAGAAGCAAGGCAAGUGUGCAAGCAUUCGUGGAUGAGAGAAGCACUGGAUAAAUUUGAAGAGCUUCUGUAAACACUAAAUGAGAGUUCUUUCUUGUAAAAUACUGACUAGGUGCAGCUAGGGAGGGACCAAGAUUCAGAAUUCAUUCAUUUAUUUAUUUAUUUUAAAUCAUUUUAUUAUCUCACUUGAAUAAAAGGCAAGGAAAUAGCAUUUGACA